AGAACACGUACGACCUGAACCAAGUUAAAAGCUGGUAGGAUCGAUGGCCGCAGUAGCUAGGACGAACAAGCCGCUGCACCGGCAGCUGCCGCGCUACGUGCCGUUGUGCCGUCUCCUGCUCCUCCUCCUCCUGGCUGCUCUCCUGACUGGUGCCAUCGUAGGCGGCGCUGGAGAAUGCUCGCCGGCGGCGGCGGCUCGAGUAGUCUUUCUUCUCCGGACAGAACAGCGGCUGCAGGGCGGGUUACGCGGAUCGUCGGACGACCAUGGAGCGCCGGGCACCGGUGAUGGUUCGCCGCCGGGCGGUGCCGGCGGGAGGAGAUCGAGGAUGCUGAUCGGGUCGAGGGCUCCGACGUGCACGUACAACGAGUGCCGGGGCUGCAGCCACAGGUGCAGCGUCCAGGAGGUGCCCAUCGACGCCAGCGACCCCAUCAACAGCGCCUACCACUACAAGUGCAUCUGCCAUCUCUAGGUCCUCGAGAUGCUGUGUAAUGUACUCAUGGCUGCUUAUUCUGUCUUCUUUUCUUUUCUUUUAUUUUUUGCUGGUUUCUGUCUUCGUGUUGUAGUAGGUCGUCUUUUCUUUUUCUUUCUUUCUUUCGCUGUAGGUCUCUCUAUCUUCUGUUUCUUAUUGUAAGGUCGUUGUUUUAACUCUCUCUCUCUUUUAAUGAAAUGUUUGUCUAGCCAAGUUCUUGAAAAAAAA